CGAGGGGUCUGUUUUCACUGUGAGAACUCAAGACGUUUUGCACCUGGGCAACUUCUGGACAAAAAACUCAAGACCGGGCAUGAAGUCAAAGGCAGUGACCCGAAAACGGUGAAGCUCAUCGGCUUAAUCAGGAUGGGCUGCACUUGCAGUGACCAGAAACAAAAACAAGAGGAAGGAUUUUACAAAAUAAAACAAAACCAGACAAAACAAAACGAAAACUCCUACUCAGCUAACGAUGAAAAUGUGUUUGUGGCCCUGCACGAAUUUAACGCGAGCAACGAAACAGAUCUGCCUUUCAAAAAGGGAGACAGGCUCAAAGUUCUGCAAGAGAGUGGAGAAUGGUGGCUCGCUAAAUCUCUGACCACUGGACAGGAAGGCUUCAUCCCAUCCAACUUUGUGGCCAGAGCUGAUUCAUUGGAGGAGGAGAAAUGGUUUUUCAAGGAUCUGAGCAGGAGGGAGACCGAACGGCUGCUUUUAGCUCCUGGGAAUAAACCGGGUGCCUUUCUGGUUCGAGAGAGCGAGACCUGCAAAGGUUCCUACUCGCUGUCGAUCAGAGACUGCGAUCGAGAGCAGGGAGAUGUGGUAAAACACUACAAAAUACGAUGUCUGGACAAAGGUGGCUACUACAUCGCCCCCUCAAACACGUUCACUUCCCUACAAGACCUGGUCAAAUACUACAGUCGCACAGCGGACGGGCUGUGCCUGCGGCUGUAUGCUCCCUGCAAGCCGAAGGCGCUUCAGCAGCCGUGGGAGCAGGACCAAUGGGAGAUUCCCAGAGAAACGUUGAAGAUGGUGAAGAAGCUGGGGGCCGGGCAGUUUGGAGAAGUUUGGAUGGGUUACUACAAGAGCACCCAGAAAGUUGCUAUAAAGACUAUGAAGGAGGGAACGAUGGAGCCGGAGGCCUUUCUGCAGGAAGCGAACCUGAUGAAGCAGCUGCAGCACGAACGGCUGGUGCGACUGCACGCCGUCGUCACAAAGGAGCCCAUUCUUAUUGUGACAGAGUUCAUGGUCAAUGGAUGCCUUCUUGAAUUUCUAAAAACAGAAGAAGGUCAAAAGCUGAAGAUGAAUAAACUGAUCGACAUGGCAGCACAGAUAGCCGAGGGCAUGGCCUACAUUGAAAAGAAGAACUACAUCCACCGUGACCUGCGAGCAGCCAACAUACUGGUCAACGAGACGCUGCACUGCAAGAUAGCAGACUUCGGCCUGGCCAGGAUCAUCGAAACUGAAUACACAGCACAAGAAGGUGCAAAAUUUCCCAUAAAAUGGACAGCUCCAGAAGCUAUCAACUAUGGCACAUUUAGCAUAAAAUCAGACGUCUGGUCGUUCGGAAUCCUGUUGACAGAAAUGGUCACCUAUGGAAGAAUACCAUACCCAGGAAUGACCAACCCGGAGGUAAUCAGGAAUCUGGACAAGUUCUACAGAAUGCCAUGUCCGGAUAAUUGUCCCGAGGAACUAUAUGAAAUUAUGAUGAUAUGCUGGAAACAAAAACCAGAGGAGCGACCGACUUUUGAAUUUUUGCAGAGCACCCUCAACGACUUCUUCAUUGCCACAGAGGGACAAUAUGAAAUGCAACCAUGAGUGGCAAAAAAAAGGAAGAAGUGUCUCAAAUAUAAAGAGUGUCAACUAUCGUCUGUGACUCAUACACAUGAUUUAUUUGAAACAAUUUCUCUGAAGGUCAAAGCUAUUUUUGGCUUCUACUGUUGGCAGCGGAAACAAACGUCUUGAAGCAAAUCAGAAACAUAAACUCUGAUUUUUGAUGGCGUUGACUUCAAAUUGUUUACGCCUUCUGUUGUCGAGUGAAUCAAUGUAGCAUCACUUAGAAUGUUAUGUAAAAAGGUUAGAAAGCCACGGAAAUACAACUUCAGCAAAAGCAUGGUCGAUGCUGGACCCGGAAGAACCGGUGACGGUAAAGAUGGAACAGUUUCCUGGUGCAUAAACCCAACAGCAUGAGAUUACAUGCACAAUACUUUGCACUUUUUGAAUUCUUUAUUCCUUUACUAGAUAUUGAAAGAAUGAGCUUAUCAAAAGGAGAAAAAAAUACUCCUGCUUCCUUUUUUUAUUAAAAAUAUUUGUGUGA